GAUAUCAUUUUGUUUUUGCUCUUCAUUUCACAGGGAGAGGAGGGAGAGUGAAAUCGCAAGAAAAGGAUGUUGCAGUUGUUAUAGACUCUCCUGAACCGGAAGCAAGCUCUCCUGAACCAGAAACAAAUCGUCGGACAAGGCAUACUAAACGACCAAAGAAAACCCGGAAUCAUAAAAAAUCGCAAAUGCAAUGGUUUUCUGAAACAACUCCUUCUUCACCCCAAAAUAGUCUUCGGAUAACUAUAACAAGGCGACUGAAAACAACAAAACCAGUUGAUGACUUGCAUAUUGAAAAUAUUUUAGAGAAAAGCAACUCAGAUGUACAGCCUGUGGAUGGAGAUGACCUGGGUGACAUCAUCUGUGAUGAUGAUGAGGAGGAGGAUUAUCAGCGAGAUGUCCUGUUGAAAAUCAGAUACAUUUCAGAAAUAUCCAAAAUUAAAGUAAAGGAGAAAGAGAAAUUUGCUUCUAUAUUUGAAAGAGUUGCUAAUUUAUUCAACCUGAAAGCUUCUGAGAUAAUACUGUGCCUCAAUGACCGAAACAUUCUUGUAGAUGACACUCCUCGUAGUUUGAAUUUGGGAAUAUUAGAUAUUAUUGAUUGCAUCCCUUACAAACCUCAGGCAGGCAAAGAAGUUGCUGAUAAUCUUAAUCGUAUUCACAUAAGAAUACAAGCAAGUGAUGGUAAAAAAACAGAUAUGCAUGUUCAUAAGCUAGAAAAAAUGCAAGAUUUUAUGGAAAGAUAUGCCGAAAAAUUUGGAACUACCGUGAAAAAUUUAAUAUUUGAAUUUGACGGGGAGAAGAUCAAUGGUUCAAGCACACCUGGUGAUCUAGAAAUUGAGGAUGGCAGUUGCAUAGAUGUUAAAAUCAUAAGUGAGGAGAAUCACAUACAGACUCGUGCUAAAGGGCGUAAAUCACCUAGAAAGAAUACUUCUUCUGGCAGGACUAGAAGGACCAUACCGUCUCGCUCAUCUGCAAGGUCUCGUGGCAUUUCACCUGCAUCUUCAAACAGUGUUCCUGUCAUUGAUAUUGAAACUGAAAUUUUACCAUCUGAAAUGUUGCAAAUUGUUGAAUUGGAUUAAGUGAUGAGAAAGUAUUUUGUAACUUUUAUUUUACUUAAUAACAUUUGUACAAAAAUAUUUCAUAACUAUUGUAAAUAGAAUUUUUUAUUGUAUAGACUUUAGUCAUUGUAUUUUAACUUUCAUUUUCAUCAUAUUAGUCUGGAUAGUAAAGUUAUUCUGCAAGUUUUCAUCUGUAGUGAAAGUUUAUGGAGAUGAUCAUUUUUUGUCUCAGUACUGAAA